AUGUUCACUUCUAUUGAUAAGAAACUUGAAGAAUAUUUGCCUCCUGCUAUAUUGGAUCUUCAAAGAAAUGAAAUUAGGCAGUGUGUUUUUUAUAGUGCUUUACAAGUCAAUCAAGAAGUUAUUAGUGAAUUUGAAGAGUAUCAAUUGCCUACCAAUCAACAUUUAGAAGAUAUACCUGAUGCUCGUCAAAUUACUGCAUCUUGUAUGAUUUCUGAUGUUAAUAAAAAUCAAAUUAUGUCUAUGUGGACUGUAGCUGUUGAAAACAAACUUGUUGAGAAACAUUUUGUUAUUUUAUUAACAAAUGGAUCACAUUAUUGUUCUUGUUUAUCUCUUAUUAAUAAGGGAAUCAUUUGCAGACAUUAUUUUCAAAUAAUGCUUUGUAGUCCUACAGCCAAAUUUCACUUAAAACUUAUUCCUUCAAGAUGGUAUUAUAGAAAUAAGGAUGCCAUUAAAGAACCAUUUCUGGUUGCUAGUAAAUUUGAAUCUGAUACUCCACCUAUUAUUCCACAACACAAUGUUCCAUUUUUAACUGUAAUUCAUCAAAUAUCGCAAAAUUCUAUCACUCUGCAUGAACGUCUUACUGAUAUACAAUUAUAUGGUAAAAUUACUGGUUUAACACAUAAAGCUACCAUAAAAGCACUAAAAAAAAAAGAUAUGCGUAUAAUAUCUAUUUUAGAGGAUUAUUUAAAAGAUGAAGAGCAAAAUGAAAAUGUAGGUGGUGAUAGUGAAUUGGAUGAUGAUAAUGAAUUGGAUGGUGAAAAAUUGGAUGAUGAAUUGGAUGAUGAAUUUGAUGACUACAAAGAAAAUCAUGAAAAUCAUUCUUUUAUUCUCAACAAUCCAAAUAAACAAACGAAAUCUAAAGGAUGUCUUAAAGGUACAAAAAGAAUUAAAGCAAGUCAUGAAAAAAAUUCAUCAUUGGUAAUUAGUAAACAAUACAAUUGUAGUCAAUGUGGUAGUAUGGGUCAUAAUAAACGAAAUUGUAGCAGGAAAUAA